UGCCUUCCCUCCAAUCUCUUUUCUCUCGUCGUCGUCUCGUCUUCCCACCUCUCGGAUUCCCGAGCUCCACACGACACGACCCACCUCGGCCACUCUCCGCCGUCGGUGGCCAGUGGCCUCCACCCCCUCCGUCCCCCGGGGACCACACCGGCGUAACAUCAGCCACACCUCCGGCAGAUCUUUCCCCCGCCGCUUAAUUCACCUCGUGCGCGCGCGGCGCCGCUCGUUGCCUAGCUAGCUAGCUCGGCCGCAAUCUAGUAGUAGUAGUAGGAGGAGGAGGAGCGGCGGCGGCGGCGGAUCCUAUGUCGGGGGCAAUCGCUUCCUCGCCGGCGGCUACUCUCUUCCUCGCUGGCUCCUCCUCCUCUUCGCCGCGGCGCAGGCGGAGCAGGGUGAGCGGGGUUUGGUGGCACUUGUAUGGUGGCACGGGGCUGCGGUUGCAUUGGGAGCGGCGGGGUUUGGUUCGGGACGGAGCCGUCGUGUGCUCGGCGUCGGCCGCCGGUGGUGAGGAUGGCGUCGCGAAGGCGAAGACGAAGUCAGCGGGGAGCUCGAAGGCGGUCGCUGUGCAGGGCAGCACGGCCAAGGCUGAUCAUGUUGAGGAUUCAGUUUCAUCACCCAAAUACGUGAAACCUGCCGUUGCGAAGCAAAAUGGAGAGGUUGUGAGCAGAGCUACCAAAUCUGAUGCACCAGUGUCUAAACCCAAAGUUGACCCGUCAGUUCCUGCUUCCAAGGCUGAAGCUGAUGGUAAUGCACAAGCUGUGGAAUCGAAGGCUGCACUGGACAAGAAGGAAGACGUCGGUGUUGCUGAACCGUUGGAAGCUAAGGCUGAUGCUGGUGGAGAUGCAGGUGCAGUAAGCUCUGCAGAUGAUAGUGAGAACAAGGAAUCUGGUCCAUUGGCAGGGCCAAAUGUGAUGAAUGUCAUUGUGGUGGCUUCUGAAUGUUCUCCUUUCUGUAAAACAGGUGGUCUUGGAGAUGUUGUGGGUGCUUUGCCUAAGGCUCUGGCAAGAAGAGGACAUCGUGUUAUGGUUGUGAUACCAAGAUACGGAGAAUAUGCAGAAGCCAAGGAUCUAGGUGUCCGCAAACGUUACAGGGUAGCUGGACAGGAUUCAGAAGUGAGUUAUUUUCAUGCUUUUAUCGAUGGUGUUGAUUUUGUGUUUCUAGAGGCCCCUCCCUUUCGACACCGGCACAAUGAUAUUUAUGGAGGAGAAAGAUUUGAUGUUUUGAAGCGUAUGAUUUUGUUCUGCAAAGCUGCUGUUGAGGUUCCUUGGUUUGCUCCAUGUGGUGGUUCCAUCUACGGUGAUGGCAAUUUAGUCUUCAUUGCAAAUGAUUGGCAUACUGCACUUUUACCCGUAUAUUUGAAGGCAUAUUACCGAGAUAAUGGCUUGAUGCAGUAUACUCGCUCUGUUCUUGUGAUACACAACAUUGCUCAUCAGGGUCGUGGCCCUGUAGAUGACUUCGCCACGAUGGACUUGCCCGAGCACUACAUCGAUCAUUUCAGACUGUACGACCCCGUCGGCGGUGAGCACAGCAACGUGUUCGCCGCUGGCCUGAAGAUGGCUGACCGCGCGGUCACCGUCAGCCAUGGCUAUCUGUGGGAGAUCAAGACAAUGGACGGUGGCUGGGGCCUCCACGAGAUAAUAAACCACAACGACUGGAAGCUGCAGGGCAUCGUGAACGGCAUCGACAUGGCCGAAUGGAACCCCGAGGUGGACGAGCACCUGCAGUCCGACGGCUACGCCAACUACACGUUCGAGACGCUGGACACCGGCAAGAAACAGUGCAAGGAGGCGCUGCAGCGGCAGCUGGGCCUGCAGGUCCGCGACGACGUGCCGCUGAUCGGGUUCAUCGGGCGGCUCGACCACCAGAAGGGCGUGGACAUCAUCGGCGACGCGAUGCCGUGGAUCGCCGGGCAGGACGUGCAGGUGGUGAUGCUGGGCACGGGGCGGCCGGACCUGGAGGAGAUGCUGCGGCGGUUCGAGUCGGAGCACAACGACAAGGUGCGCGGGUGGGUGGGGUUCUCGGUGCAGCUGGCGCACCGGAUCACGGCGGGCGCCGACGUCCUCCUGAUGCCGUCGCGGUUCGAGCCGUGCGGGCUGAACCAGCUGUACGCCAUGGCGUACGGCACCGUGCCCGUGGUGCACGCCGUGGGCGGGCUCCGCGACACGGUGGCGCCGUUCGACCCGUUCGCCGACACGGGGCUCGGGUGGACGUUCGACCGCGCCGAGGCGAACCGGAUGAUCGACGCGCUCGGGCACUGCCUCAACACGUACCGGAACUACAAGGAGAGCUGGAGGGGGCUCCAGGCGCGCGGCAUGGCGCAGGACCUCAGCUGGGACCACGCCGCCGAGCUCUACGAGGACGUCCUCGUCAAGGCCAAGUACCAGUGGUGAGCUGGUGGUAUUUUUCGCGACGCCUCUGGAUCCCGCCGUGGAUGGGCGCGCUUUUUCUCUAGGGCGGCUCUGCGUCGGAGACGCUCAGACGCAUCGCGCGCGUUCGCGCCCACACGAUGACUGGCACGCUGCUGCUGAGACGGCGGCACGCGAUGCCAUCAUGCCACCGGACGGUAGGAGCAACGGUGGAAGUGAACUGUACUACUGGUGCUACACUGCUACUACAUGAGAUCUGCUCUUAUUGGUCACGUACUCACGUUCACGCUGAAUUACCGAAUGUGUUGUGUCUUGUGUGUGUGUGUUAAAGGCAUUGUCCUGGUAAAUGGUGGAGACGAGAUGGCCGGGUCGCGGGAGUUAUAUUUGUAUAUGUUGCCAGCUUUCUGAGUUUUUCAAGCCAGUGCGGCUCUUCAGUGCAGGUUCCAAGCAAGUUCAGUGCCGGAUGUUAACCA